AUGGCCAAGAACACCAACAUGCGCUGGCGGCUGCCGCUGGUGUGCCUGCUCUGGGAGCUGGCCAUGAUCGUCCUCUUCGGGGUCUUCGUGCGCUUCGGCGCUGAGGCUGACGCGCACUGGGAGGAGGAGAAACGGGACAUGAACCUGACCAGUGACAUGGAGAACGACUUCUACUUCCGAUACCCCUCUUUCCAGGAUGUCCAUGUGAUGAUCUUUGUGGGCUUUGGCUUCCUCAUGACCUUCCUCAAGCGCUAUGGAUUCGGAGCUGUGGGUUUCAAUUUCCUCCUUGCUGCCUUUGGGAUCCAGUGGGCUCUCCUGAUGCAAGGCUGGUUCCACUCUUUCAAGGACGGGAAGAUCUUCAUUGGAGUGGAGAACCUGAUCAAUGCUGAUUUCUGCGUGGGCUCUGUGUGCAUCGCCUUUGGGGCCAUCCUUGGCAAAACCAGCCCCAUACAGCUCCUUGUCAUGACUUUGUUUCAAGUCACACUCUUUUCAGUGAAUGAGUACAUCCUCCUCAACCUUCUUCAUGUGAAGGAUGCAGGUGGCUCCAUGACCAUUCACACCUUCGGAGCCUACUUUGGCCUCACGGUGACACGGAUCCUGUACAGACCCAACCUGGAGCAGAGCAAGGACAAGCAGGGCUCUGUGUACCACUCUGACCUCUUUGCUAUGAUUGGUACCCUGUACCUGUGGAUGUACUGGCCCAGUUUUAACUCAGCCAUUUCUGACCACGGGGAUGCCCAGCACAGGUCUGCCAUUAACACAUACUGCUCGCUGGCCGCCUGUGUCCUCACCACCAUGGCCUUCUCCAGCAUGCUGCAAAAGAAGGGCAAGCUUGACAUGGUGCACAUCCAGAAUGCCACGCUUGCCGGCGGCGUGGCCGUGGGCACCAGCGCCGAGAUGAUGCUGACCCCGUAUGGCUCCCUCAUUGUGGGCUCCAUCUCUGGCAUCGUGUCCACCCUGGGCUAUGUCUACUUCACGCCUUUUUUGGAGUCCAGGUUGCACAUUCAGGACACAUGUGGCAUCCACAACCUCCAUGCCAUGCCAGGCCUUAUUGGGGGCAUUGUGGGGGCCAUCACAGCCGCUGCAGCCACGGAGGAUGUGUAUGGAAAGGAAGGGUUCAUCAAGGCGUUUGACUUCACGGGCGUGUACCAGACGCGGACACCCAGCAUCCAGGGAGGCUUCCAGGCAGCCGGCAUUGUGGUGUCUCUGCUGAUGGCAUUCGGUGGGGGAGCCAUCGUGGGGGGCAUCCUGAAGCUGCCCAUCUGGGGGGACGCCGCGGCCGAGAACUGCUUCGAGGACGGCAUUUACUGGGAGGUGCCGGAGGACGAGGAGAGCGACGUGUACCACAUGCACAACCCCGACAAGCCCGCCUCGCCCUGA